AUGAAUAUCAGCAGUAAUCACAAAGCCCUCUUAAUGGGUCUCCUAGGAGGAUCUAUUGUUUCCCUUCUUAUAUGGUCUAAGUAUAAAAAGUAAUUAAAAGAAAUGAUGAGAUUAAAGAAAUACUAUCUCCCAUUCGAGCCAGUUAACCAACAUAAGAAGAGAGUAGUAGAAGGAUGUGGAGUUCUGAGUGAUAUGAAAGAGAAGGACCACGAUUCCGAAAAUGAAGGAAUUUUCAUUAGCGAUAAAGAGCAUUUAAAGAGAAAAUUAGCUCACAUGAGAAAGGAAGGUCUUCAAGAAUUAUAAAUUCUUAGUGAUUACGAUCAAACAAUUACUGCUUUUGGAUGCCCCAAUGAAUAAGAAAUUUCUACUUUUGGAGUAAUUGCUAAGUCAAAGAGAGUAAGUUAAAAGUAUUUGGAUGACAUGACUGCAUUAUAUCAACAUUACAGCCCUUAUGAAAAGGAUUCUACCAUUGAUAAGGAAACACUUGUGAAAUAUGUUACUGAAUGGUAUUCAAAAACAGCUGAAUGCUUCAGAAACGAACAUAUGACAAAAGAAUUAUUAUUGGAAGCUAUCCAUGACUCCGGUGUUGCUUUAAGAUAUAAUUUUAAACAGUUUGUUAAUGCUUUGCAACAUAUAAACUUACCCUUUUACGUUAUCUCUGGAGGUGUUUCUCCAAUCAUCAUGUCUUGCUUGGAAAGUGUUGUCUGUACUAAGAAAUUCUCAAACUUUUUCUUGUUCUCUCAAGAAGGUUACUUCGAUGAAAAGGGAGUUUUAGUUGACUUGUAAAUGAAUGUUAAUACUUGUUCAAAGCACGAAAAAGUUAAUAGUAAGGAAUUCAACUUAAGAAAAAACACCUUGAUUUUUGGAGAUUUGCAUCAUGAUAUCUAUAUGAAAAAUGAAUUAGACGGUGAAAAUGUUAUCUCAAUUCUAUUCUUAAGAGAUAAGAUGAAAGACCAAAUACCUAGCUUAAAAGAACACUGGGAUAUUAUCCUUACUGGUAAUGGUUCUUUUAUCACCCAUCAAGCUCUCAUCAACUACAUUGCAGGUGCUGAAUACGAAAACUUAAAAAUGGAAGGAGAAGCUAAAGAAAUCUAUACAAAAAGCAGCUAAUACAGUGAACUUAGAGAUAUUUUAAGUAACUGA